AUGUCGUCUUUCUCUAUCUUCCGUGCUGCGACGCGCGCCGUUCGCCCUACCAGCUUUGUCCGAGCUCCACUGGUCCAGCCCCGACUGCAGACCCCAGUGACCCUGGCCGCUCGCACCCAGAACUUUGGCACUACCUCCAAGCUUCUCUCUGGCCACGAAGAUGAGACAUACGAGCAGUUUUCCUCCCGAUUCGAGAAGGAAUUCGAGGGUGUGCAGGAUGUCUUCGAGCUUCAGCGCAACCUGAACAACUGCUUCGCCUACGAUCUUGUUCCCUCCGUCGAGGUCCUCACCGCUGCCUUGAAGGCCGCCCGCCGUGUCAACGACUUCCCUACUGCCGUCCGUGUCUUCGAGGGCAUCAAGGCCAAGGUCGAGAACCCCGAGCAGUACAAGCAAUACCUCGAGGCCCUCGAAGGUCUGCGCCAGGAGCUUGGCGUUGCUCUUCGGGAGGAGCUCUACCCCCAGGAGCAGUAA